UAAAUGAUUUAUAGUAAUCGUUCUAAAACAGCAGAUCUGAAUCCGAUCUUUGGUCAGAUAAAUUUAUGGAUGGUGGUAUUGGAGCUUGGCUUUACAGCAUAUCUUGUAAUCAGCAAUCUGGAAAAUGGCAUAUAUGCUAUCCCGUUUCUUGUUAUUGACUUGGUUCCAAGCAUAUUGUUUCAUCUAGAUCCAAAUAUAAUACAUAACAGAUUUUUCAGAUGGUUUGCCCGCAUAAUGAGCAAUUUAGAAUUAGGCCUUAUAUUUAUUGGCCUUCUUGUUGCUGCGAUAACAGUUGAAGAACUGUCUCACUUACUUCUUAUUCCUAUAGUUUUGGUUCUGAAUGCCACAAAUAUUCUGAUUCCCAUCACAAUGCUGAUAAUUUUGAACCACGAAGAUAACAAGAGUUCACAGGUUGUCUAUCUUGUGCCUAUCGAUCCAAGACAGGCCCUCCCAGAUAGCAAACCUCAAGCCUUCGAAGAACACUUCUUGGAAGCUGUCUAAACUCUGUUUAGUUGCUUAUAUCCACAUUCAAACUCUUAA